AUGCAAUUUACGGGUGUUUUGGAUGAGUUGCUCGCUCAGGGACGUGAUAUAUGUUUCAUCUCAAAUAUUGAUAAUACUGGUGCGACAAUUGAUUUGCGAAUUGCUAAGCUAAUGGUAGAAAGUGAUUUGGAAUAUAUUAUGGAAUGCACCGAAAAAACCAAAGUUGAUAGGAAGGGAGGCACUUUGAUUGAGAUAAAUGGAUAUAUCAUGCAUUUGGAAAUGCCACAAGUACCCAAAGAUCAUAUCAAUGACUUCUGCUCAACGGAUAUCUUCAAAAUCUUCAACACCAACAAUAUUUGGGUCAAUUUACGGGCUAUAAAAAAAAAACUUGCUGAAAUGAAAAUGGAAAUUAUUGUCAACAGAAAGAUUCUCAGUACGGGCGAAUUCGUCAUUCAAUUGGAAACGUCAGUAGGUGGUACCAUUCGAAAUUUCGACAGGGUGUUGAGUAUUCAAGUGCCCCGUUCUCGCUUCCUUCCUGUCAAGAAUACCCAGGACCUACUUGCUAUCAUGAGUGAUUUAUAUGAAGUCAGAGAAGAUUUUUCGCUGCAGUUUGUCAGAAAAGGCAAAGUUCCAGUCAUCGAGCUGUCGAAAUACUUCAGCAAGGUUUCCGAAUUUCAAAAACGGUUUCGUGAAAUUCCACAAUUACGACAAUUAAAACGACUAAAAGUUGAGGGUGACGUGUAUUUCGGACAUCGUGUGGUGCUGAAAGACAACGUAGAAAUCGCUGCUGAUCAAGGACAACAACUGGAAGUAGCCGAAGGCGAAUGUUUGGAAAAUAUUAAAUUGAUACAGAAAGCACAUUAUGAGGUGCAGAGAAUACCACUGGACCAUUAG